UCCCGCCACGCCUUGCGGCGGCAGGCUGUGGGUGCGCAUGCGUGCGGGGCACGCCGGGAUAGAGGAUGACCGCGAUGGCGGCGGCUUGGAGGACCGGGUCGAUGCUGCGAGGUCGCUGGUUCGGCCGCGCCAUUGCCGGCCCUGGCACCGGCUCUUGCCACGCCCUGCCCAGCCGCGGUCGCCUGGCAACAAACAUGCCGGCACUCGCCGAUAGAUCCAUCCACUGUAACUGCGGAAGCAGACCGGCACUGCGAGCACAGGAGCCGCCGGGCGGUCCGGAGUCCCGGCUCCCAGAGUACAUCCCACAGCGCCGAGCCAAGAACCCGAUGGGCAAGAUCGGGCUGGCCUGGUUGUUUGGCCUGCCCUCGGGCGUCAUCAGCUUCCUGCUGGUCAAACGACAGGUGGACAAGAACCGUCUGAAGCAGGUGCAGGCCCGGCGGAGGAUGAAGGUCGCCAACGAGGGCGAGUACCGGAGCGAGAGGGGCGGCACGGUGGUGCAGCGGGUAGAGCUGCUGCCUCACAGCGCCAGAGACCCGGGUUCCAUCCUGACUACGGGUGCUGUCUGUACGGAGUUUGCACGUUCUCCCCCCGUGACCUGCGUGGGUUUUCUCUGGGUGCUCCGGUUUCCUCCCACACUCCAAAGACGUGCAGGCUUGAUGGGCCGAAUGGAUUAAUUCUGCUCCUAUCACUUAUGAACCUACAGUCAAGAAUCUAUCUAUCUCCACCUUAAAAAUAUCCAUUGACUCAGCCUGCACAGUCUUGUUACUCCUGUGAAGUGGCUCGGACACGGCAGCAGGUCAGUAAAUUCUCAGACACCACCACAGCUUGUAAUCAACAGCAUUUUAAUACAAUAUUAUACAGAAUUCCAGUAUUUAAUCAGCCUUGUAAAUGUUCCGCUGGUAAAUAAAAUAUAUGUAACAGUAAACAAUGUCCUUCUGUGGUCAGGUCAGAGGUGGGGGGGUGGGUAGAGACACUGCCUUAGACCCUGGUUCAAUCCUGACCUCGGCUACUGUGUGUGUGUGUGUGUGUAAAUAUGUCUGU